GUUGACUCUCACAGUCUCUCACCGAGUCUCUCCUUUAUAUAAACUGUAUUAAUUUUCUUGCUAUUUGAUCAAUCUGAUUAAUUAACUAACCACUUGAAUUGAGGAAACAUCUUUAAACAUUCAUUAAUUAGUUUUCUAAUUAAUUUAAUCGUUUACUUUGCUUUUGUUUCUCAAGUUGAUGUAUUGGUUUCUUUAAAAAGACUUCUCAUCACAACAUCAACAUUCAACAACACAUGUAAUAUUGUUACGCCGGUAAACUCAUAAAAACAAUUGUUUAUGCUUUUCUGCAUCAAUUGUAAUUACAAUUUAACUUGAUAUUGAACUAUCAACCGUUUCCAACAUGAUCUUCAAUAACUCUAUACACCAAAUCAACAUUAAUCUCAAUCAACAAGUAAUAACUAAAUUAUAACUUGUGCUUUGUAAAUUUACUGUUUCUUUAUUUUCUGACUUUAUCCUUUGUCUUUUUGACCAAUCACAGUCAAUCUAUUUAUUUUAGCUUUUUUUUCGUCCAUAAGUCAAGUUUUCAUUUCUUUGUUUCAAUUCAUCUUUAAUUUUUAUAUUCAUCCACUGAUUUUAUUAAUUUAUUAUAACAACAUGAUGACUUCAUGCAUCUCCUUUAUUAAAGUAAGAUGGAUCUUUGGUCUAAUGGCCUUUUGGGGGCUAUUUUUCAACUAUGCAACUAAAGUGAUACUUUCCGCUACGCUGGAAGCAAUGGUUACUUCAGAGUUUCAUGCAAAAUCUGAAUUGGCCUCAUCCUCUUCCCUGUUAUCACCAUCAUCCCUAUCGCCGACUUCACCCUCAAAUGGUACAUUAUUAUCUGCUGAUCCACAUAUCCAGCAUCAUCUAACAGUUCAUCAUAACGUUAACAAGACUAUCCUGUCGAGCCGUUCAUUUACUAGUCAGUUAUACUCUUAUCAAGUCUAUGAUUGGUCUUUUGAGACUCAAAAUUCAUUGAAAGAAGCCUUCUUCUAUGGUUAUAUCAUGACUGGUGUUAUUGGUGGACGAUUAGCUGAAAGGUUUAGCGUUAAACACACUGUUGGUACUACAGUAUUCAUCUCAUCCCUUUUGUCGCUGACUAUUCCCUUUAUCGCAUCUUAUGGUCCAUCUGCUGUUUUCCUAGCUCGUCUUCUCCAAGGUUUAGCCAACGGAAUGAUUGAUCCUGGCCUGAAUACAAUCUUUUCCCGUUAUAUUCCUAUUAAUGAACGAUCCCUUUGGGGAUCGAUUGUUUAUUCUGGAUCUUCUCUUGGUACAAUGAUUAUGUUAAUCGCAACCGGAUCAUUAUGUCAAUAUCAUUCACUUGGAGGCUGGAAAUUGGCCUUUUAUUUUCAUGGUGUAAUGGGUCUCAUUUGGUAUACUAUUUGGCAAAUAACAAUUGCUGAAAGGCCACAGAAUCAUUGGUUCAUCCGAGAAUCUGAAUUGCUAGAAAUUCAAGCUGGUACUCAAUUAGAUGCUUCCAAAAAGUCUCAUCCGAUUCCAUGGAAACAAAUUGUAACCAACCUUCCAUUUCUUGCAAUGGUUUUUGCAAGUUUCGUCUACAAUUGGGCUUAUCUUACAAUGUUAACUCAACUUCCGAGCUAUUUUCACCGAGUUUUGGGUCUAGAUGUUUCUAAGUCUGACAUAAUUUCAAGUCUUCCUUAUAUCGCUCAAAGCAUAAUGGGUUACAUUGGUGGAAUGGUUCUUGAUCGUCUUCGUAAAAAUGGACGUUUCUCCAUCACGUUCCUUCGCAAAACAUUCAAUUCAAUCGGUUUCAUUGGUCCAGCUAUAUGUUUGGUAAUCAACUGUUUUUCGGGACGCAAUCAAACUCUUGCUGUUACUCUGAUCACUAUGAACUUGGGUCUUUGUGGUUUUGCUAUCUCUGGAUUUAAAAUAACUAAUGUUGACCUCAGUCCAACUUUUGCUGGAACUCUUUUAGGAAUAGCAAAUACAAUUGGUAAUGUGCCUGGUAUUUUAGCUCCAAUGCUGGUGUCAACUUUGGUUCAUGAAGGUAAUUCAAUAUCUGAAUGGAAUAGUGUAUUCUUGGUUGCAGCUGGUCUUUUUGUGAUUGGGACAGUUGUUUUCGUGCUAUUUGGAUCGGCUGAUCUUCAACCCUGGGAUCCAGGACACUUUAAUUAUCGCCCUAACAACAUUAAAAUCAAAAAGAUUGACCCAAAUGGAAAGGAAACUCGAAUUGCAACUAUAGAAAUGAAAUUCAGUGGUGAUUUGAAUGCUAAGAUAAAACAAAAUAAUGUGUAGCAAUGAUAUUUAACAUUUGUUAAAUAUUCCUUUUAUUUUUUGCGUUUUUUCAUUGUAAUUGACACAUGAAUUGAAAUUAUUCAUCAAUCAUGAUAUCAAGCAGUAAUAUAUUUUGUUUGUUUAUCAGUUGAGUUUAUAAAUAUUAACUGUUGGAGGCUGCUCAAGGUAUCUCGCAUUGUAUCGUAUCAUAUUGUAUUUUGUAUCAACCAAACAUCCUCAAAGUCAAUCAAUUUACUGUGAUACAUCAUUAACUUGAGGUAUCAUUGUCAUUUUAAAAUUAAUUUUCAACGCAUUUUCAUGCUUAGAUUAACUCACUAUUGAGAAAAAAGUUCAUCAAUUUUACUUUAUGAUAACUAAACAAAUCAAACUAAUUAUAAUUGUAAAUAAUGUAACAAUUUUUAAACAAUGACAAAAAAAAUUAUUCAAAAAUCAAAAGCUAAACAAAAAAUAUCAAAGAUUAAAAUAUAUAACUCAUUCCCUUCCAAAACUGUUAACUUGAAACUUUAUUCAAAUACAGUAAAUCAAUUAAUCAACUUUUCUCGUUGAUUUACACAAAC